AUGACGAGCACCACCUCGCCGUCGGCAGUCGUCGACGUGAUGCAGCGCGACAUCGAACGCGCCUCGUCCGAGGACGAAAAGAACGCCGAGUUCAAGCAGGGCUCGGGCGACGUUGCGCAGCUGUAUGCCAGCGGCACGCCCAAGUCCGAGCCCAGCCUCAUCGUCUACGAUGCUGCCACCGAAAAGCGUCUCGUCCGCAAGGUCGACCUCAUGAUCGUACCCACCGUCGCCAUGCUCUACCUCAUGUGCUUUAUCGACCGUGCCAAUGUGGGCAAUGCCCGUAUCGCCGGUCUGGAGAAGGAUCUGGGCAUGAACCCAAAGUCGUACGACUUCAACAUCCUCCUCACCGCCUUCUACGCCGCCUACGCCGCCUUCGAGAUCCCCUCCACCACGCUCACCAAGAUCCUCGGCCCCGGCAGAUGGAUCCCCAUGAUGGCCUUCCUCUUCGGCCUGCUGUCCUUGGCCAACGCUUUCGUCACCAACUUUGCAAGCGCCGUCGCUGUCCGCUUCCUUUUGGGCGUAGCGGAAGCUGGUAUGCUUCCCUCCAUCGCAUACUACCUCAGUAGAUGGUAUAAGAAGGAUGAGCUUGUCUUUAGGCUCGGUCUCUACCUCGUUACCGCCCCUUCGGCAGGCGCUUUUGGUGGUCUGCUGGCGUCGGCUAUCCUCAAGAUCCCCCAUAUCGGCUCGGUCAGGUCCUGGGAGAUGAUCUUCCUUGUUGAGGGCCUCAUCACCAUCGUGGUCGCCAUCGUCGGAUACUUUACCUUGACCGACUCGAUCCACACUGCGCGCUGGCUUACCGAGGACGAGAAGCGCUUCCUGCAGGCUAGGCUCAAGUCGGAGCUCGUUGGACAGAAGCAGCUGGUGGACAAGACGCACAAGAAGCUCAUCUGGAAGGGCAUCACCAACACCACCUCGCUCGCCUGCGCCAUGAUGUUCCUCUUCGAUAACAUCUCAGUGCAAGGUACUGCUGUCUUUCUCCCUUCUGUGGUGCGCGGCAUCUUCCCUGCUCCCAAGUACGAUGUGAUCGACCAGCAGCUGCUUACGGUGCCGCCGAAUGUGGCGGGAGCGAUUGCGACACUGGCAUUUGCAUAUGCAUCGGCCAAGUUCCGCAUCCGCUCGGUAUUUGUUGUCAGCGGCACGGUUUUGAUGAUUAUCGGAUAUUCAAUGUUCCUCGGAAGCAAGAAUCUGUACGUGCGCUAUGCUGCUUCGUUCUUCGCCACCUCGGGCGCAUUCACCAUGGGUGCACUCCUUCCAGCAUACGCGGCGGUCAACACGAACAACGACAGCGAACGUACGGGCGCCAUUGCAGUCACCGUCUUCUUUGGCAACAUCGGAGGCCUGAUUUCAACUUGGAGCUACCUCAGCAAGUACGCACCCAACUACGUCCCGGGCAAUGCGCUCAACCUCGCCGGCGCCAUCGUCAUGAUCAUCAUCGCCGUCUGCCUCGUCUCGUGGCAGAGGUGGGAGAACAAACAGCGAGAGGCGGGCAAGAGGGACUGGAAGCUCGAGGGUCUGUCCGAGGACGAGAUCCAGAUGCUCGGAUCAGACCACCCCCACUUCAGACUCAGGUACUAG